UUUUGCAUAUCGCCAUUGUGAUUUUUGUGUUGAUGUUGAAGUUUUGUUGAUUACAAUUUCUGAUAAAAAUACGUAUGUUUUAUCAUGUUGAUUGGAUAUCAUCGAAGACGAUUGUGAAGCAGUAUUUAAAUUGUGUAGUUUGUGGAUAUGCAAAAUGGCGCUAAGAAGGAAUGCAAAACGAAAUUUCUUUUCUGCCAAACUAGUCACUGAAAAUAGAGUGCCUUGCGCAUUUUGCCAACGUGAUGUAGACGAUGAGUUGAUUUACGGCAAAUUAUACGCCAUUGGAGAUAUACAAUGUCACUAUUUCUGUGUGUUACUCUCCUCAUGUCUUAUACAAAAGGGAAGAGAUGAUGCUGGCCUCUUUGGUUUCAUGUAUAAUGAUAUCCUUGCAGAAAUUGAAAGGAGUAAAAAACAUAAAUGUUCGUACUGUGGCCGUGAUGGUGCCACGCUCGGCUGUGCAGUGUCUCAGUGCCGCAAACAGUUCCAUUUACCAUGCGGCAGGGAGAGGAAUGCAGUGUCAUUGUUCUACGGAAAUUAUAAAUCAUUUUGCCAAAACCACGCUCGCAAACAGAAAAUACCUGACAACAUUAUGGAGAAAGUGAAGAUUCGAAAAAGAGAGGCUAACAAGAAAAAAUGUGAGGGAGGAUUAGAAGUCUGCACAAGUCCACAGGAGCCGCACAAACUGGAACCCGAAUGUGUAUGUGUGAUUUGCUACGAGGAGGUGGAUGCGUUUCCAACAUUACAAACCUUCUGGCCACCGUGCUGUGCGCGAGAUGCCUGGUUCCACAGGACUUGUCUACAGCGUAUGGCGUUAAGUGCGGGAAUGCAUUAUCUAAAAUGUCCUCUUUGUAACGACAAGGAGAAUUUCUAUGAUGCUGUCAUCAACCAAGGAUAUUAUGUACCAGACAGAGACGCUGCAUGGGAGUUGGAACAGAACGCAUUCUCGGAGAUAUACGAGAGAGUGUUACGAUGUACAGCGGAAGCUUGCCUGUGUCCAGGAGGACGCACACACGACACUGAAGGUAUGUGGGACAUCGUAUCCUGCCUGUUGUGCGGUGGCGCGGGCUGGCACCGAGCCUGCGCAGGGGAACAUGCAGUGGAACUGUCCACGGAGGCCAGUGACAGCACCACCGUCGCGAUAUGCACUGCGUGUCGACCCGCCGCCCCAGCUGAUCUCAAAACUCUCACCACCGCUAUACAAGCUGUGAUCCAAACGGAGCAGAGGCAGAGCGUGCGGCCCGUCAUGCCGAGCCGCAUGUCGCUGCGCAGGACCAAGCGCCCCGCCGGCGGCGCCUCCACUAGCCGCCACAACGACGCAGCUCAAAACAUGCCCAUAACUCAAGAGGCGAAUCUCAAGUCGCCGAUAAAAAACCAGUCGAUGCUACUUAAGUUUGCCUCUCCGACCAAGUUGAUAGAACAAGGAUUCAGAGAGAGGAUAGACAAUCUAGGAGUGGAAGUGAAGUUGGAAAACGUACUGGAUGAAGUCAAACAGCGGUUGAGGAGGCCAAAGCCGCUCAGCGAGAAACUGAAGGCUAUUAAUAACAUAUUAGAUAGCAUGAUGGAUAGUGCUUUGAAGGAGCCAAAGCAGAAAGAAGAGCCUAAAUUAUGGUGUUCACCAAAGAAAUGUGCAGACAUUAUUGAACAUGAUGAGCAUCAAGAAAUCAAGCAGGAAACGGAAGCUCCCCAGCCAGCGGAAAGCGACGACUCGUCCAGCACCUUCCAACUACCCUCAGAGUUCAUCGCUGAUAUCCACAGCGAUGACAGUCUACCGAUCUUCAACACGCCAACAAAACUAAAAACUGUAGACAUACAGAAGGAUUCAAGCUUGGAGAUAUCUGCAAAUGACAAAUCUGUUGACAUUAAUGUCGUCAAAAUGGAAGAUAGUGAUAAUGUAGACUUUUUGCAUAGUUUGAGCAUAAAAAGUCCAGUGAAAAGUAAGAAGUGUGCGUUAAAAUUUAGUCCAACUGAUAAAGAAAUGCUGCAAGAGAGCAACAUUGGUAUUGAUUUGGAGAGCUUUAAGAAUCAUUAUUUGAACGAAGUUGUGAGAGAGUGCAACACCGAAAUACCCCACGUUACUAAAGUUAGGAAACGGAAACAUCCGAAAGAUAAAAGGAGAAGUAAAAAGAGAAAAUUGGAUGACAUUAAAAUAAACCAUGAUGAGAGGAAACGAGAAAGGCGUAUCAAAAAGAAGAAGUUAAAAACCAAAGUGUCGAUCACAAACGAUAAUAUACAAGUGAAAAUAAAAUGGCGUACGGAGCGAUUAAAUCUCGAAAUAAGAGAUAAAAAGAAGGUUAGAAAUAAACAGAAGAAAGAAUCGAAAAAGAUGAAGAAGUUGAAGCAGUACGUAUUACAGUAUACACAGGAUAGCGUCAAAGAUGUACUUGUGAAACCGGAGAAAGAAGUUUCUCCGUUGAAAAGGAAGUAUGUGAAGCAAGAGAAGUCGCCGGAUAAAUUAGUGCAGACGUCAAUUCAAAGAUUUUUCACCGUCAAGAGCCCUUAAGACUGAGUAUCAUUAUUUCUAACUACCACCACUGGCGAUAACUUAAUGAGAAGUACGAAGGACAGCCGAGAUGAUAUCCGUAGGUUCAAAAUCCAAACACACCUCCAAUUGUAAAGUUGUGUCUAUUCUUUGUGAAUUAUCGCUUGCUUUAACAGUCAAGGUAAACAUUGUGAGGAAACAUGCAUACCUGAGAAGUUGUCUAUAGGAAUUUUGAGGGUGUGUGAAGUCUGUCCGCACUACAGCGUGGUGGACUAAGACCUAAUCCCUCUCAGUAAUAGAAGAGGCCAGUGCAGCAAUGAGAUAGUAUAGAAUAUGUAGCUGAUAUUAUAUAAUCACUGCAUCAGUGAUAUAAUUGUAUUAUGGUACAAUUGCUGUGAGGACUUAUGUAUAUACACGUCUUAUAUCAAAGGCAGUAACGCAACCAGUGCACCCAUAUUUCACAGUGUGUUUUCCUUCCCAUUACGUGAUAGAGGCGAGCCUAUCACCAUAUUGGCCACUAAUAUCAGACCCUGGCUGAUAAAAAAACUUAAUAUGCUCUGAGGGUUUACUUCGAAAAACGAAAUCCGUAGUUUCGGAUGACGGAUCGCACGUUUUGUUACGACGAAGUGUUACGGAUCCGAUGACGGGUUCAACGACGGAUCCGAUCCGUUCAUCGCAAUAUUUCAUGGAAUUUGUAAGAACUUGUAGGGUUUUGCCAUCACUUUUUAAAACCAUCUGCGAGGAUAAAGUUCCAUUGCUUUUCCCCAAAAAAAAAAUACGGUAAAUUAAUCCUACCACUAAGGUAAGCUAGAGAACGGUGACGGAUCCGAAGUAAUUUAAUAGUAGUGUUAAAUCCGAAAUUCGACGUUUCUUCAUUUCGGACCGAGGUUUCGACGUUCGUUUUUCGAAGUAGACCCUCUGGUUCGAACCCGAAACCUCAACACUAGUAACUACACAACUGCGCCACUGAGACAAUAAUUAUCGCGUUUAUAAGUAUGGAUAAUAAUGCACAUCAUUUUAUUACAUAAAAAGGAAGGAAAUAUGUGAAGUGUACUUGUGUCAACUCGUGCGCAUUCUAGCACUUGUUAUAUCAAAGCCCCACCGCGUCUGAACGGGACGAACUAGUGUUCCUUGUAAGGUAUGUAACCUUGAGAAUAUCUUUUGAUAUGAAAUGAGUAUUUCUUGUAUUCUUGAAAUAGUGCCUUAUAAGCCGAAAGGCAUAUCUUCGUGCAAUUGUAGUAUUCACAAAUAUAAUGCAUUCGUCAAAAUGUAUGUACAUUGUAGCUAUUUUUAUAGUUAAUUUUAUCGUGAACUUCUCAAAAUUUGUGGAAAA